GCUCCCCCUCGGCCCGAGGGCCGCGGCGGGAGCGGCGCGGUGAGCGCGGCGCGAGGCUGGCAUGGCCCGAGUGCUGGCCGUCGGUAUCGCGCUGGUCGGCCUUCUGGCCUCGCCGGCGGCCGGAUCCCGAGGCCCCCGCGCCCGGCCAAAGGCGCCAGGCAGCGGCUCCGCGCUCGCUGUGGUGGGCGGCGCCUCCAGAGGCGAUGGUUCCGCGUUCGCUGUGGCGGGCGGCGCCCCCAACGAGUCCAGCAGGCCGGCGCUCGCUGGCCCUCCGGAGCUGGGCCGGCUGGCCGAGGUCCAGGAGGAGCCCGCGGGGGGGGACGUGGAUGGCAUGAUGGCUAAGAUGUGCAAGACCCACCCGGAUCACCCGAUGUGCGCGCAGUUCGUCACCAGCACCACGACCACCACUGUGACCACCACCACGGUGACCACGACGACCACCAUGACGACCACCGUGACAACCACGACGGUGACGACCACGACUACCGCGACAAGCACAACAAGCAGCACGAGCACAACCACGACAACCCUUACCACCACGACAACCACCACCACGGUGACUUCAACCAGUACCACAUCCACGGAGAGCACGACCACGACGACCACGAAUACGACUACCACCACAACCACGACAACAAUCACCACCACCACAACCACAACGAACACAACGAGCAGUACGAGUACAACCACGACCACCAUCACGACUUCGACAUCGACCACGACGACGACCACAAUCACCAGCUCGACCACCACGACCACAACCGCGACAACCACCACGACGCAGACUGCUAUGACCACGACUACGACGACAACAGUCACGACGACGACUGUCACCACGACGACGGUCACAACAACGACAGUCACAACAACGACUGCCACCACGACGACGGUCACGAGCACAACGACCAACAAGACGACGAUGCCAUGCCCGGGCUGUCCGACCAAUACGACCAUGGCUAGCAGCACAGCCACCAGCACCACAACCACAACUGCGACAACCACAACAAUAACCACCACAACCUUGACAACAACCACUGUCACCACAACCACGACGACAACCACAGUCACCAGCACAACUACAAUUACAACGACAACGAUCACGACAACAACGGGAACGACCACGACCGUCACGUCAACCACCACAACCACCGUUACCACGAGCACAAGUACCACAACGACCACAACCAUAACAACCAGUACCACGAAAACCACGAGUACCACAACUACGACCACCACGGCUACGACGACCACCAAGAGGCUGCUGAAGCGCCACCCGCAUCCGUCCGGCCAGACCGAGAUCGGCGACUGGCAGAACGAGUACGGCCAGCCGAACGCCAGCGCCGAGUGGAAGGGGUGGUGGGAGCGCACGCCGACAAGCACCGCACCCACGGGGGCCGCGGACCUGCACGCUCGAGGCGUGAGCUCUCACCGCGCAGUCGCCGGGGCGGCCGGUGGCGGCGCGGAGUCGCUGGUGAAGGCCAGCUCGGAGAGGGCGCGGCGCGUGGGGGCGGACCUCCACGGGGCCCGCGGCGGUGCGCUGCGGACGUCUGCUCCGUCCGCUUCGCGGGAGGCGGGGCGGGGGUCGCGGGAGUCGGCCGCCGAAUCGGCGGCGGCCGGCGGGGCCAGCCUGCACGGAGGCAGCAAGGCGGAGCGGAAGAGGUUCUUCGAGGAGGAGUGGAAGAGGUUCUUCGAGCACCGGGACUUGGGCGAGAAGAGGCCCCGGGUCCGGAGGGCGCCCGAGAAGUCCCGGGCAGUGCGGGAGGUCGACGGCGGGGGGCGGGUGCUGCCAGAGCCCGCCGUGGCGAGCUUGGCUGCCCAGUCGUCCGUCGGCAAGCGCUCGACAGCGACGCAGGGCCCAGACGGUGCACAGGCCCUGAGGACGGCGCGGCGGAGCCCCGUGCGCUGAGGCACCACGCCCGCAAAGACGGCUCCGCCGACGCGGGGCGGGCGAGCCGCAGCCCCGCGCGGCGCGGCGCGGCCCGGCGGCGCGGGCGGUGCGGGC